UUGCAGACCUUCACGCGUUUUGUGGAGACUGGCCGCGUGGCCAAGUGCGCCAGUGGAAAAUACAAGGGAAAACUUGUCGCUAUCGUCAAUGUCAUUGACCAAAAUCGGGUUCUCAUCGAUGGCCCAACCACCGGUGUUCCCCGCCAGCAGUACCCCGUGAACCACCUCCACCUGACCAAGUACCGGGUGAAGUUCCCCUACACCGCCAAGUCCAAGGUGGUCCGCAAGGCUCUGGAGGCUUAUAACCUGAAGGAAAAGUUCUCGAGCACCAGAUGGCAGGAACGUGCCGCCGCCAAGGCUAAGCGUUGCAAUCUGUCCGACUUCGACCGGUUCAAGCUGCGUCUGGCCCGCUCGGAGCGCAACCGCAUCGUCAGCGCCCAGUACAAGAAGCUGAAGAAGGAGGUCGUCAACAACGGUAUGCUGUUCGGCAAGCCAGUCAAGGGCACGAAACCCCUACCGAAGCGACGCAAUCCCAUUGCGAAGAAGGAGGGCAAGAAGAAGCGCGUCCGGAAGAACAAGAAGGCCCCGGCCAAGAAGUGAAGAGGGAGGGGUGAGAAUACUAUUACGUGCGGAUGUGUGUACUGAAGAAAUGGGAGAAAAUAUACAUAAUUGCUAAAAAGUAAACAAGACUACGUUUGAAAUAAGAUGAAAUAUGUGUUAUUACAGUU